AUGUUGUUUUCCACAGUUGAUUCAGUUCCCUCUUUCAUUGGUAAUCUUUAUGGCUCAAACAUAUAUACUGAGAGACCUGGUUUUUUCACACUGCUAAAUGAGAAAAUCAGUACUAUACAAUGCUACUGCUUACUAGGGGGUGAUGUUAAUUGCAUCCUCAAUAUUGGAGAAAGGAGUGCUUCUAAUGAAGGAGCAUAUUUUGAUUUAAGGUCCUUCGUUCAGGGUAAUAAUCUUCUUGAUCUCCCCCUCUCGGGCUCUAAGUUUACUUGGUACAGUUUGCGCUACGGGGGCAUUUGGAGUCGUUUAGACAGAUGGAUAGUUAAUGAAGAGGCGAUUAACCAUUUUGAAGGGUUAUGUCAAACAACUGAAAAUUGGGGGCUCUCUGACCAUCGCCCGGUGGCAUUAACUAUGGGGGCAGUUAACUAUGGACCGAAACCUUUCAGAUUCUACAAUAACUGGCUUUUAGGUAAGGAAUUCGAAUGUUUGGUGAAAGAUUGGUGGGCAUCCUCAACCGUGCAAGGCUGGUCGGGUUUUGCCUUACAUUAG